AUGUCAGCAAUGGAUAUAGAUACACCCAGUGUCUCUUUAACUGGUAAAACUGAAUCUACUGAAGAACAAGAUGGAUACAUUUUACCUUGGGUUGAAAAAUACAGACCUACAUACUUGAAAGAUAUUGUAGGAAAUGAAGACGCAAUUUCCCGAUUGCAAGAAAUCGCCCGAUUGGGCAACUUACCGAAUAUUAUUUUGACAGGUUUGCCCGGUAUUGGUAAAACCACUGCUAUUCUUUGCUUGGCAAGAGAAUUGUUGGGCGCGUCAUGCAAGGAUGCAGUAUUGGAACUGAACGCAUCAGACGAUCGAGGCAUCGAUGUUGUGAGAAAUAAAAUCAAAGCUUUCGCCCAAAAGAAAGUAACUCUCCCACCCGGCAAACACAAACUCAUUAUUCUCGAUGAGGUCGACAGUAUGACCAGUGGCGCUCAACAAGCCCUUCGACGUACCAUGGAAAUGUACGCUACUACAACCCGUUUUGCACUCGCUUGUAAUCAGUCUCAAAAAAUUAUCGAACCCAUCCAGUCUCGCUGUGCCAUUGUUCGAUUUUCCAAACUUUCAGAUGCAGAAAUAUUACGUCGGCUUGAGGAGGUUUGCGAGAAGGAAAAUGUUCAAAAGACAGAAGAAGGACUUGAAGCGUUGAUCUUUACAGCUGAUGGUGAUAUGCGUCAGGCCCUUAAUAAUUUACAGUCUACUUGGUUUGGGUUCAAGUUUGUUAAUGAAGAAAAUGUAUUCAAAAUCUGUGACCAACCUCACCCUAUUGUAGUGCAACAUAUUUUGAAAUCUUGUGCAGAGAGAAAUGUAGAUGAAGCAGUUACUUGUAUGGAACAAUUGUACGAUGCUGGUUACUCAUCAUUAGAUAUAAUCACAACAGUGUUCAGAGUGCUGAGAAACUACACUGAACUAGAUGAAAUGCUACGUUUGGAUUUUCUGAAGGAGGUUGGGUUUACACAUAUGCGAAUCCUGGAGGGUCACGGAAGUAUUAUCCAGUUAAGUGGCAUGUUAGCAAGACUAUGUGAAAUCGCUUCUCUACCACAGUAG